AUAUUCACUGGUAGUGCACACAAUAUACAUAUUAAAAUCACGCAAAAAAUCAGCAAAACUUUUAAGGACAUAAACUAUUGAAAAGCCACCAAUCAUGGUUUUUUACCUGUACAUCAUUUAUAAAAUUGUGUUGUUUUGUGCAUGCACUAUAACUUAACAUUAGCCAAGUUGCAAGGUAGUCAGGGUUUGAUGUAUAGUGCAUGAGCCUAAGGAAAUAUUGUUUGAAUUUAUCAAUUAUGAUGUAUCGUUUGUAUACCUCGUUAUGAGGAGCUCUUUGUUGUGGGCUUUUUUUCUGCAUAUCAUUUGUAUAUAUCCAGCGUAUGUAGAAUGUUGUAAGUGUUCAGAUUCAGGCUAAAAUACAGGAUGAUAGACCUGUUGGUACAAAAGGACAAUGCAUGUCUUACAACUUAAAUAUUAUUACUACCACAGAGUUUUUUGCCUAUAAAGUACCGGUACUGAUUAUACUUAAUAUUAUUUGAGAGUUAUUCACCUGUGAUACUAGUUCAUCAUCAACUUCAUGAUGUCAUAAUGAAUCCAUGCUUUUCUGGAUGCCAACUCAUGUGAGGAAUGUCAUUGUUUUCUCACCAUUUCUUUAUUUACAAGUUCUACGAGUGAAUAAUAAUUGAUUUGAAAACGACACAUACAGUAUUGGGCUAUAUCAAUUAACUCAAAGCAUGAGAUAUUUAUUAUGUUUUACCGCUAUCUGAUAUUUUAUUUCUUCUUCAUUUUCCAAUUUUUAUCCGUGAUUAAGCAAUGUUCUGUGUUAAAUAAUAGUAGCCUUUUCACUAGAAUGGUAAAUAAUCCAACAGGUGAAAAGAGCUGUACACCAAAAAAGAUUUUCCCAUUAUUCACAAAGAAAACAGUAAAUGUACGAAACUAUGCCAUUAGCAACAAAGCAAUGACUCAUGAGUAUAUACCUACAUUGUAGAAGAAUACAUUGGUUUAGGGUACACGUAAUGCUAUAAGUCAUCAGCAAUAGUUUCUGCUGCUUGGGAAAACAAUGAUUAUGGUGAAUAACUGAGCAUUUGGAGAAAUUUAGUCACACACUGAAUGUAUGAGAGCAGAAAAUUCAACUCUUGAGUACGAAGGCGUAAGGAGAUUUGUAUGAGUAGGACAUAUUCUGUAGUGCAGUGCAAAGUCAUGGAUGCACACACUGCAUGUUACCUUCCUAUUCGGCGUACUGUAAUAACAAGGAGUACAAUAACAGGAAAUAUCGGAUGAGUGUUACUGGUGGUUCACAUGUCGUUGAUCAGAGUCUAAUAAUAUCAACAUAAGCCCCUCCUUUUCCCCGUUUUGUAAUGGUAUAUGGGCGACCUGUAACAUGGUCCAAUUAUGGUCUACCUGAGAUUUCAGGUGUGUAUUGUUUGGACGAUGGACAGAGGAGAUAAUGUUUUUGUUGUCAGUAAAUCAGUUAAAUCAUGUCAACGACUUUACUGAAUGAGUUACGUGUUCUGGGUCUAUUAACCAUGUACAUGUAUAUUGUCUUACAUAUGUGUUGAGUUCAUUCCGGCUGGCUGUACAAUGCCUCAUAUAUUGUGUUUCAUUGAAUAAGUACAUUUUUCUGAAAUAAAAAAAAUAUAUUGCUGAUUGACAAGGCACAGAUAUGCAAAUUAUUUGUCUGCACUUGUUUAACAGCUGUUUAAAGACUUAAGUACUACAAAUGGAAUUGAGAAGUGAUUUGAUAAUUUUGUGAAGGUUUAUAAGUUUUUGCUGAAAAAUGAAGGACCUUUCAGGAAAUAUGUACUUCCACACCAGUCCCUCGGGGAUUGAGGUCCCAAUAGCUUCAGGCCGGGCCAAUGUCAUGUUAUAUGAUGAUGCCGCCAAGAAAUGGGUGGCAAGCGGUACAACACAGGGCCUCUCCAAGGUCCAGAUUUAUCGCCACACGACCAAUAAUACAUUCAGGGUUGUGGGCAGGAAGCUGCAAGACCAUGAGGUGGUCAUUAACUGUGCAAUCAUUCGUGGUCUGAAAUAUAACCAAGCCACGCCCACAUUUCAUCAAUGGCGAGACCAACGUCAGGUUUAUGGUUUGAAUUUUGCCAACAAGGAGGACGCAGAAUGCUUUGCUCAGGCAAUGGCUACCGCUUUGGAUACCAUAAACAAUGCAGGACGUCCUGGUCCACCAGCAAUGCCACCCCCUGGGGUACCCCCACAGCCCCAGCAGAAUGGACCAGACGAACCAAACACUGAUCCGGGAGAUUAUCAAAGACAUCAGAGACAUCCAUCAGGCGGGGCACCUCCCCCACAAUACAGGGAACCACAGCCGAUGCCAGCCAUGCAGCCUCACAUUCCACCGCAGAUCCCCUCCCAGCCGGUGGUUCCACCUGGUCCCCCCAUCUCUGCACCUCCUGCUCCAGCAGCCCCACCUGCUGCCCCACCAGCCCCUGCAGCCCCACCGGCUCCUCCUGCCCCACCGGCCCCAGGGGCACCACCAGCCCCACCACCUCCCUCUGCAGCCCCACCAGCUCCAAGUGGUGGAGGAGGGGGAGGCUUGGCUGCAGCAUUACAGUCAGCGAAAUUGAAAAAAACGCAGAAUGAAGAAUCUAGUGGUGGUAGUGGUGGUGUAUCUGGUAACAGCAGUAGUGCCAGUCUGAGCAGUAUGAGCGGGGGAGGAGGAGGAGGGGGAGGGGGAGGUGACUUCAUGAGUGACCUCGCCAAAAAGUUAGCCAUGAGGAAGAAAGCCUCCCAAAAUGAAUCUCCCAGCAAUGAGGGAUCCACCCCACCAGAGGACAGAAGUAAGCGGGGAGGUUCCCACCCUCCACCCCCUGCUCCAGUAAAGAUUGUGAAUGGAACCACAAAUUCCCCUACACCAGCCAGAAAUUCAGCUCAAACCCUCCCAAGGAACUUUGCGAGGACAUCUUCAACACCUUCAGAGCUUUCAAAUCGAGUUUCAGCAGAAGUUCCCAAACGAACUUCACUAAAUAAAGUGUUAUCACGGCAACCCUCAUUGACCGGCCAGGAUACCGCAGCAUCCUCGUUACCCCCCACAGGGGCCGGUGGUGGGAGUGGGGACCUGGAAUCUCUCAAACAAGAAAUCCUCAGUGAGAUGAGACUGGAAAUGAACAAGAUGAAGUCAGAAAUCAUUGCUGCCAUACAACAAACAAUGAAUGCCAGAUAGAACAAAGAUAUCAGAUAAUCACGGAUGAAUGGGUGAGUGUACAGGGACACAAUCGGUAGUA